ACGUGGAUGUCGGUCCGCGGUGACGUCACAGACUGGUCUCUGCUGCCUCGGGCCGCACUUCGUUCAGGAGGACUAAAAACACCCAAACUGCUCCACGGCUCUUCGCAUCGGAUCACCGGAUAAACAACCGUUAAAAUGGGCAACUGUCAACCCACAGUCGUACCCUAUGAGGAUUUUGAUGUUCUCGCAGACAUCAAGGCCAUUCGCAAAGCCUGCAAAGGGUUUGGAACCGAUGAGCAGGCCAUCAUCGACAUCCUGGCAAACCGCAGUUCAUUUCAGCGUCAGGAAAUUAAACAGGCUUAUUUUGAUAAGUAUGAUGAUGAGUUGGUGGAUGUGUUGAAGAGCGAACUGUCGGGGAACUUUGAGAAGGCCAUCCUGGCCAUGCUGGACCCACCUGUCAUCUACGCUGUGAAGGAACUGAGGAAGGCCAUGAAGGGCCCGGGCACUGAUGAAGACGUCCUGGUGGAGAUCAUCUGCACCGCCACCAACGCUGACAUUGCCAUGUUCAAGGAAUGCUACUUUCAAGUGCAUGAACGCGAUCUCGAAGCUGACAUCGAAGGAGACACAAGCGGGGAUGUAAGAAACCUCCUCAUGGCUCUUUUGCAGGGCGACAGAGAUGAGAGUUACGAGGUGGAUGAGGAUCUGGCUGAACAAGAUGCGACCAGCCUGUAUGAGGCUGGCGAGGGUCGUUUUGGGACGGAUGAGUCCACUUUCAGCUACAUCCUGGCCUCCAGAAACUACCUGCAGCUCCAGGCCACCUUUAAGAUAUACGAGCAGCUUUCUGGAACUGAAAUCCUGGACGCCAUUGAGAAUGAAACUUCUGGGACGCUGAAAAAAUGCUACAUUGCUCUUGUGAGAGUUGCUAAGAACCCUCAGCUCUACUUUGCCAGACGUCUGAAUAAAGCGAUGAAGGGAGCGGGGACUGAUGAGGACACCCUUAUUCGCAUCAUUGUGUGCCGCUCAGAGUAUGAUUUGGAGACCAUCAAAGAAAUGUAUUUGGAGAAAUAUGACGUGUCACUGAAAGACGCCCUGAAGGACGAGUGCAGCGGUGACUUUAAACGCCUCCUCUUGGCCAUCUGCCACUGAAGUUUAAAAGCCGGGCAGACAUGGACAAGAGAGGCAGGGACGACGGAGUAUGUUUGUACCGAGGGCACUGCUGUUUUCUUUCUAACAAACUAAUUCUACUCAGUCUCUUCAUGUGUCUUUAUGUAGGCAGCAGGAGGGCGUGAUAAUACACUUGGCUCAUGUCUUGUCCAAACUUAGUGUAAAUUUGGAUGGCUCUCUUAUUUUUAACCUUUUCCACAGACAGAAACAAUGAAACUUUCUCUUAAAUGGACUACAGUUUUUUUGCCAGUUACUGCCCAUUUCUUUGUCAGUUUGUAGCUCCAAUUCUUUACCAGCAUUUACACAGUGGUCAGUUUUAGUCACAAGCACAGAAAUUUAUGCAUUUAGAGGAAUUUACUGCAGUCAGAGUGAUGUAGUUUGAUCAGGUGGUUCUUGCUUGGUAGGAUAAUCACAUUGCAAGCAUAAGAUAUUUCUGUGCAUUGGUUGAAAUUCGGCUACAGCUUCAGUAUUCCUCUCUGCUGCUGCAUUUACCAAUGUAAUGAAUAGUCUUACAUUAUUACCACUGUAGAAGUAUGACACUGAUUUAGAUCAAGUUUUUCUUUAUUCACGUUUAUCGAGGAUGUUUUGUUUCAACCACCGAGCCCCAAACUCAGUGCCUGUUGCGUUUCACUGCUGUUAUAACUCAUGCAAUCACUCCAUAUGGCUUGAAGUUUGACAUUAUACUGUAAAUGCAGAAAUGUGAAAGUGCAAAAUGAAGGAAUAUCUGUGUGUAUCGUGAAGGCUAUGCAACGUUAUGUGAAUGGAUUUUAUGAUUUUUUGUUUUCCGCAGAGCUGCAGCAGAACAUAAUAUAUAUUUUAUCAGUUUCUUAUUGAAACUAUGUGUUGAUUUUCAGUAUGUUGCAUUUUUAUCAUCUACUAGAAAAACUUGACAAAUCCAAAGUACACCUCACCUUGUUAUAUUUUUUGUAUUUUAUGACUAACAUAGUGGAGUGUUUAAUAUAUUACAUGAUUUAGUUCAUUGUUUUAGAUAGGCCAGAAGGUAUAUGAGAAGAAACCUGUGAGAAACAUUUAAAAUCUGGACAGUCUGAUGUCUCCAUUUGUGUGUCUCUAUAAGGCAGCUGAUAUUUGUUUUCAUUAACAUUAUUGUAAACAUUUUGCAGUAAAUGGAGUAGACUCAUAUUGUAACAGUAUCAGCCAGGACAUCAGUUGGGUUGUUGGACUAGUUUUUGUCUCUCUUUAGCCAAAGAAGUUUAGUCUAACCGCAAAUAAAGUUUCCUGUAACAUCACCAAA